AUGAAAGUUCUUUCUGGUGAAAUGGGAGGAACUUCACCAUGUGCUUCAUGCAAGUUGUUGAGGCGCCGCUGCGCCAAGGAUUGCAUCUUUGCUCCUUACUUCCCUUCCGAUGACCCUCACAAGUUUGCCAUUGUUCACAAGGUCUUUGGUGCCAGCAAUGUCAUCAGCAAAAUGUUGCAGGAGCUUCCACUUCAUCAAAGAGGGGAUGCUGUGAGCAGCUUGCUAUAUGAAGCAAAUGCAAGAGUGAGAGACCCUGUCUACGGCUGCGUCGGUGCCAUAUCUUUCCUGCAGAAUCAAGUGUCCAAUCUACAAAUGCAGCUCGCGGUGGCUCAGGCUGAAAUACUCUGCAUUCAGAUGCAACAGGAGCCAGUUGCAGCGACCUUACCGGCAUCCCAGAUGCUAGAUCACCACCAAUAUCAAGAUGACGAUCAGAAAUCCCUUCUGUUAUCCAAAAGUCACGACUUCAACAACAUUCCACAGUACCCGAGUAGCUUUGGUUCUUCCAGCAAUGUAAUCCAAGACCCUCUUAAGAGAGAGUCUCUAUGGACUUGA